GCUGACGUAAUAAUAGCGCAAGCGAACCCACAGAAAGGGAACAUCCCUUACUCCGAACACACUGGUGGGUGCGGCGAGCACGGAAGGUUCAUCCAUCUUACCCCAGAGUAUGUCGUGGAUAACAUGGAAGAAAUCUUUGGCGCUGUCGAGAAGGUGCUUGUACACGAGUGGGCGCAUAUAAGGUGGGGAGUAUUCGAUGAAUACGCCACUAGGGGGCACGGCAGUCACUAUGUCGACAGCGAUGGUGUUUUACAAGGCACCAGAUGCCCGAAGAGUCUCCGUGGUUUGAACAUCGAGUUUACGCCACCCUACACCAACCUAUGUGAAGUCAAUCGAACUACGGGACUCCCCCAAACCGAUACUUGUGCUUUCUAUGUUCACGAUGUUCAACAUCCCGAAUUAAACACAUCUAUGAUGUCACACAGCUAUGUACAGCAGGUGGUUGAAUUCUGCCACAGCGAUCCAAGCGACCCGGUCAACCAACACAACACUGAAGCUGACAACGAACAAAACGCAAAAUGUAAUUUACGAAGCACCUGGGAUGUUAUAACUUCAACGAGUGACUUCAGUGGCGGCUCCAACCCCCCGAACCCAACCCUAACCAGACCGGUAGCCCCAUUACAUUCUCGUGUGGUUAGACAAGGUCGCACAUCGAAGCGUUCGAUGUGGGUGUUGGAUGACCGUAUGCUUAUGAUGCGACAAAGUGCGUCUACAUUCAUCACAACUUCCCUACCCAUCGGUGACUGUGUUGGAAUCACAUCGUUUCAAUCGACAUCACAACUACUUCUGCAAAUAUCCAACAUCACAUCGAGUGAAGAUAGAGCUAAUUUAACCCGAAUGAUCCCAAUAUCUGCUGGUGGGACGACGUGUAUUGGGUGUGGGAUCAAGACAGCCAUCGACGAGAUGGAAAGAGACAACCCUGGUGGGGUCUGUGGUGACAUCAUCGUGUUAACGGACGGGAUGGAAAAUGAGGAACCGAAGGUGGAAACAAUAGGGCACCGAUGGGGUUCGGGAGAAGGGUGCAUUGGUUGUGUUGAAACAAUAAUUAUAUUCCUCACCACAACCUACCAACCAUUUCCUCACUGUAGAAUUGCACCGUGCAUGCCAUCUUCUUCACCACCGCACACAAUAGAGAGUUAG